AUGGAGAUGCGCUGGUGGUUGCCGGCGCUGUUGCGUGAAGGAAGAGAUGCGACUGCGGUGGCCGGUGAAGAUGGAAGCUGUGCGAAUGGAGGAAGAUGGUGGCGCUGUCACGGUGUUGAUGGUGCGUCGUGGUGGCCGGAAGAGGUGCUGCGAUGGCCCAACGAAUCGGACAAGCACGACGACCCAAAUAUGUCAAACAACCCAAACUCGUCCGACGACCUAGACAAGAACGACGACUUGAAUGAGCCCGAUGAUCAAAACAGGCCCAACGACUCGAACGGGCCGGAUGGGCCCGACAACCAAGACAGGUCCGACGACCAGGACAAACUUGACAACACGAACGAGCCCAACGACACGAAUGGGCCCGACGACAAGAAUGGGCCCGAUGACAUGGACGGGCUCGACAACCAGGACGAGCCUGACGACUCGGACAGGCCCUACGACCCAAAAAGGCCCGACGACUCGACCGGGCCCUAUGACUCAAACAGACAGGCCGAACGACCCGAACGACCCGACGACUCGGACGGGUGUGAUGACCCGAACGAGCCCAACAACCCGGACGAGUCCGAUGAUCCAAAUAGGCCCAACGACCUGAACGACCCUGAUGACCCGGAUGGGUCCGACAACCCGAACGUGCCCGAUGAUCCAGACAAGGCCAACGACCCGAACGGUCCUGACGAUCGAGAUGGGCCCAACAACCUGGACGAGCCCGAUGAUUUAGACAGGCUAAACGACCCGAACGGGCCUGACGACCCGAACGAGACCGACUACCCAAACGGGCUUGAAGAUUGA